UCUAUGAACUAGAGUAAAGGGAAUCAUAGCUUUGAGGGAAAUUAAUUUGACACAGGCUUUUGGAAGACUGAUUUUUAGACCUGAACUUUAUUGAAAAGUUGCUCAAAUGACACCUGGAUAUUAUGAGCCUUAUUAAGUUAAAAUGAGAAAGGAAUGAUAGCUAGGUAUGGUUGUACUGUACUUAUAAUCUCAGUCCUUGGAAAGCUGAAGCCAGAAGGAUUGUAAAUUCAAGGCUACAUGAGACCUAGCCUAAAAACAAAACAAAAACCAGAAAUCUUUGAUACUGAAAUUAAAUUGCUUUUUGUUUUAUAGAAGGAAAUCUUAAUUUUUCUUUUCACUUUUUAACUUUACCAACUGGUCAUUUAGUAAUCAAAGGAAGAAAAGUUUUCUAAGUGAGUAUGUGGUAGAAGUAACAGGAUUUUGCCCUUGUGAUGAAUUGUCAUGCUAAUAUGAAGUAGUGGUUCUGGAGUUUUAAAACUAUAUUGGGUAUUCUGAUGAACUCUUUAUAGAUCUGCCUGAGGGAUACUAGAUCAAGAAAGAAAUCAAAUCCUUAACUGUAUAUCUGAUAUCUACCUUAAUCAGAUAGCUUUCCUGCUUACCAUUAUUGAGCCAUUGGAAAGCUUAACCUUUACUUUAAAAAACAUUCCUUGUGAUGUCUUUGGGUGGAUGGGUUUUGUUCCUAGGAGGAAGGAUUAAAGUUAACAUUCCAGAAGCACAAACUGAUGGCUAAUGGCGUAAUGGGAGAUGGCCAUCCACUGUUUCAUAAGAAGAAGGGGAACAGAAAGAAGCUAAUAGAGCUGGAGGUGGAGUGCAUGGAAGAGCCUAAUCACCUUGAUGUGGACCUGGAGACCCGGAUCCCCGUCAUCAAUAAGGUGGAUGGUACUUUGCUGGUGGGUGAGGAUGCCCCUCGCCGGGCUGAACUGGAGAUGUGGUUACAGGGUCAUCCAGAGUUUGCUGUCGAUCCCCGAUUUCUAGCGUAUAUGGAGGAGCGCAGAAAACAGAAGUGGCAGAGAUGUAAAAAGAAUAAUAAGGCAGAAUUGAACUGUUUGGGAGUGGAACCAGUACAGACAGCUAACUCUAGGAAUGGGAAGAAGGUGAGACUACAUCAUUCUUCUUAUACUAGCUAUCCUAUUAUUAGGCUUUUAACAGUGAUU